AUGUGUGGAGUCAAAACUAGAAAGUCAACAAACACUAUCAAUAGGAAAAACAAAAGGACCCAACCUUUGUUGUCAUUUAUUUUGCUGUUCUUCUUGGUCUCCUUUGUUAAUAUAACCCAUGCGGGGCCACCCAGACCUGCUUGCCCUCCUUUGCUGUCUGGACAACCCUUUAUCGUCUUCUGGGGGAUCAAAGACUCUUCUUGCUCCAACCGUCUCGACUUCAGAUCAUUCGGGAUCGAACCAGAGGGACGUGUAGCUGUUUUUUACGAGGACACUUUGGGGAACUAUCCAUAUUUUGUAGAUAAGGACAAUCCAGUAAACGGGGGACUGCCUCAGCACACCAAACUGGACCUGCACAUUCAGAAGACUCAGGGGGAUGUGGAGACUGCCCUGCCCGCCCCGAGGUACCUGGGUCUAGGGGUGGUGCGCUGGCAGGAGUGGGCCCCUCAGUGGAGCAGGAGAGCAGGAAAACAGGGGCUGUAUCAGAACGCCACCAAGAAACUGCUCCGAAGGUUCUUCCCCGACUGGACCAAGCAAGAACUGGAGAGGUGGUCCAAGGUGGACUUUGAGGCCUCUGCUCAAUCUGUAAUGACAGAAACUUUGAGAGAGGUUCAGAGGUCACGCCCAAAAGCACUGUGGGGGAUGUGUCCGUACCCCAGCUGUUCUAAUGGCUCUCCAGCUCAGACAGCACUGUCCAACUACACAGGGGAGUGUCCUGAGGAGGAGAGGAGUCUAAAUGACCAGCUACUGUGGCUGUGGAGGAGGAGCAACGCCAUCUACCCCCUGCUCACGCUGGAGAAGAUACAGGGUGGGACUCGAGGAGCAGCUUUGUUUCUGUCCAAUCAGAUUCGAGAAGCCCUGAGAGUGGCAUCUCUAGGAGGAAGUUCAGAUGACCUGCCUGUGUUCCCACUGGUCAGAAGUGUCUACGCCUCCACCAACACAUUCUUAUCUCUGAGUGAUCUGGUGACAACCAUUGGAGAAAGUGCCGCUCUGGGCACAGCUGGAAUUGUCAUCUGGGACAAGACUGAGCCAAAGACUGAGAGAGAGUGUGAAGAGCUGAACCUCUUCACCUCCUCAGUGCUGGGUCCUUAUGUGUCCAAUGUGACAGCUGCCUCCAGACUGUGCUCGGCCUCUCUGUGUCAGAACAGAGGCAGAUGUGUGAGACUUGAACAGGACAAGCCCACCUAUCUGCACCUGCCUUCCAACAGCCAGGACGCAGCGGACAGGUCUGAUGAAGCCACAGACCAGCCUGACCCCUCCCUCAGGCCUGACCCGGACCCUGCAGAGCUGUGGAAAAGGGACUUCCAGUGUCAGUGGUUCUCCUCUGCCGACCGGGACGUAUCAGACCAGCAAUCGCCCAAAGAUGGAGUUCCUUCUGUGGGCAAGAGAGAGGACAGUGUGAGGAGGGGGCUGGAUGUAUUGCCCACUGUUUCAGAUGGGAUAUCCACAACUACGGGUGCCUACAGGGCUCAGAACGAGGAGACUGGAGGAAGUGUAAAUCCGAGAACAACUUUAGGAAUGCCACUGGACAAAGGAGAGAUAAAAAGUCCCUCAGGGAUCUUGAUUCAAACUGGUGUGAGGAGAAAGCAGGCCAAAGCUGUGGUGUAUUGUGGUUUUAUGGACUUGGUAAUGUUUGCUGGCAGUAACAACAAAAUGGACAUGCAGAUGCUGUACUCAUGA